AUGAAUUCCAUUGUCUUUUGGAAUUAUAGAGGAGCAAGGAAAGUCCUUGCUUCUCUAUAUCUUAAAGAAUUUGUCAAACAAUAUGGUGUGGGUUUUAUUGGUUUGUUAGAAACCAAAGUUUCUUCUAUGAAUAGAAAAGAUAUCAUUGCUCUUAUUGGGAUGGAUUGGAAUUGUUUUCAUUACCCUUCGGAGGGUCUUUCAGGAGGAACUUUAAUUCUUUGGAAUACAAGGUUUGCUUUUUUUAAUGCCUUGUUCUCUUCUUGUCAAUGUGUAAUUGGUGACUUAAAAAUUCAUAAUAAGGAGUUGUGGAAGAUUUCUACGGUUUAUGCUAACAAAGAUUCUUAUAAAAGGCGGGACCUUUGGAAUCAAUUGGAGAAGUAUAUGCUUCUUGACAGUCCUUCUGUGGUGGGAGGCGAUUUUAAUUGCCUUUUAUCCAAAGGUGAUAAGAAAGGAGGUAGAGGAUUUGAAUUCUCUCAAGGCUCAAAGGAAAUGAAAUAUUUUUUUGCUAACCUUGAUUAUCAUGAAUUGAGUUUUAUUGGGCCAAGAUAUACUUGGUGCAAUAACAAAUUAGGUGGAGCUCAGAUUUUGGAAAGACUUGACAGGUGCUUUGUUAAUUCAUCUGCUCUAGAGUCUAAUUCUUUAUUGGUGGUUCAUCAUCUCCCUCGUAUAGCUUCAGAUCACUGCCCCAUUAUGAUGAAACUAUGGGAAGAUCAACUGAAACCAAAUGUAUACAUCAAGUUUAAAGAUACUUGGGCUUCUCACUAUGCUUCGGCGGCUAUUGUUCAAAAAGCUUGGAACAAAAAUAUUGCAAAUCAUCAUUUAGAUAGGCUUCAUAUCAAAUUUAAAAAGGGCUUUGAAAGCUCUAUUUUUCUAGAGAAAAUCGUAAUUGAAAGACCUCAAUAUUGUGAAGGAAAAUCUUAUCAAAGAAAUACUAGAUCUUCAAAUGGAAGAGUCUUCGGUUGGCAGCCAUCCUGA